UGUCAAUCAUCACCCUUGACAAACCCCUGCCUCCAUUCAAAAUGCGUCAAUUAACAGAGGAAGAGUUGAAGACCAUGCUGGGCAAGCUGGCCGUCUACACCGGUCGCUCGCUGAACAACCUCAUCACCUCCGAAGACGAAGGCGACCGAUACGUUUUCCGACUGCACGGCAACCGCGUCUAUUAUAUGAGACUGUCGCUGGCCAACCUGGCGACGUCGAUUCCUCGCUCGAACCUCCUGACCGUCGGAACCUGCAUGGGCAAAUUCACCAAGACGGGCAAAUUCCGUGUCCACCUCACCGCGCUCGACAUCAUUGCGCCGCACGCCCGCUACAAGGUCUGGAUCCGCGACAACGGCCAGAUGCCCUUCCUGUACGGCUCGAGUGUGCUCGGUGCCCACGUGGGACGAUGGAGCGAGGAUAUCCCUGAGCACCAGGGUGUGGUGGUCUACAACAUGGACGAUACUCCUUUGGGCUUCGGAAUCACCGCGCGAUCCACGGCAGAGUUGAAGAAAAUGGCCCCUACGUCAAUUGCGGUCCACUCCCAGAGUGAUUUGGGUCUCUACCUAAGAGAGGAAGAUACUCUGUUCACGACGUAGGAGGAACAAGGUGCGUUGGCGAGGCAGCACAUGGGAUUCGGAGGCUAGAUACCUGGGGAUUCUGCAGGAGUUUUGGAGUCGUCUAUCUGUUCAGCUAAAAGUGUCUCUUGUCUGGAUUUGCAAUUGAGUCUCUGGAUUAAGGCUUCCUAUCCGAUAUACCAAUAUCAAUAGACUUGCUUGAAACACUCUGGUACUUCCAUGGGCAUGUCUGAUUUGACUGCCUGUAAUGACUUGUGAGGGGAAAG